GCAGCGUCCACUUUUCUGUGCGUUUUGUUCAGUCUGACUUGGUGCUGCAGGACGGUUCCCUUCUACACUUCUAAUCAAUUGUUGUUGGUAGAUACCGGUAGUGCUUUACUUGGACGUUCUAUUUCCACCAUGAUGACCUCAGAUACUAGCGAACGGGGCAUGGUCCUGAGCCCCCAAAAUAGCAGCGACCAUGACGACGCUGUGCCGCCAGUGACUUUGGACAUGGGGAACACCGUCACUGUCAUGUCUCCGACGCACGAUGAGAUGGAAUCGCGGGAGGCUAGCCGCAAGCACCCUCGUUGGCUCGUCUACACAGUGAUUGGAUUGUCCGUGUUGGCAGUGGCAGGUAUUUUCACACUGGUAACAGUCUCCGCUCAUGGGAAGAAGAACACGAAUCAAGCUUCCCAGGCCGACGCUGGUUUGACCAUUAUCGACGACAGUCCCCAAAAUUCUGGUACCAACAAUGGUGGUGCCGCGGACGUAUCACCACCCAUGGUAACGUCUCCUCCAGCUCCCACGCCUUCACCCACUCCACAUCCAGUCCAUGUCACCAUGCCUCCAAGCGAGAAACUGGGCUGCCUCACUGACCGCUUUGACAAUGAAAACUAUCCGGAGAACAAUCGUCUCUUUCCAGGCCAGUACAUUUGUUCUCGCGACGAUGAACGACGCUUUCAAUUUGGAGUUUCACCCGGGGGUGACUUGCUCUGGAAGGAUACUGAGCCCAACAAAACGACCACGCAAGUUCUGUUCCAAAAUCCCUACACACCCAAGGGCGGUGUGGAACGGCCUCUCCCAGAUGAUCAUCCGUUUGAUUAUUUCUUUUCCUUGAGGACAGAUGGAACCUUUGUCAUGAAUGUGGUCAACAACACCAAUCCCGACGUAGUUGUCCGGAGCCAACUAUGGACCAAGAAGCCCAAGUACAAGAUAACCCUGUCGGAAAAGUGCUUGCCUCAUCAUGAUUGCCCCUAUUUGCAUGUUCAUCAAGGCGGGACAUGCGUCCUCAACUGGAUUGGAAUGACCAUUGGCAACCCUUUGCAAGUGGGAAGCAAUGACAACUGGCAGAAUCACAACUUUAUGAAGGUCUACAACUUUAGCAACAACUAACUAAAAGAGGUACGGUAGCGAGUGUGCUUUGCUUGUGCCAGGCUUCUACCGGUAGGCAUGAUAGAUGCUUUAUUAAAAUAAAUAAAAACUUUAUAUCCAACC